AGAAGUGCAGAUGGUGAUUUUGAAAAAUUAACAUGAAUUUUAGUUUAGGUUUUUCUUCAAGUGCAGCAAACCUAGUGGCUUGGUCCCCAAAUGGACAAUAUUUAGCCAUCCCUGACAAAAACAAAGUUUACAUCAAGGAUGGUCAUUCUGCUAGCUCACUUUUGGUGACAUUCACUUGCUACAAAGCAGUCAAGCUGCUGCAGUGGUCUCCUGACUCUUCUCUCAUCAUGACAGGCUCCAUAUCAGCAGGCUCUGGUAAAAAAACCCUCUCUUCAUUUGUGUCUCAAGCUGCUGUGGAGGUGUGGAACAUUACUGAUCCUGACUGGCAAUGUAAGAUUGAACUUGGCUCUGCAGGACUUGAGUGUGCUGCAUGGGCACCUGAUAGCCGGCACAUCAUCACUACAGAUCUUUUUUAUGUGCGCUCAACAAUUUGGUCCCUGCUCAAUCAAAGUAUCGCCAUCAUCAAAAAUCCUAAAGAAUGCAAUCCUAGCUUCCAAUUUAGCUGUGAUGGUUCUUACCUCGCUGCAGCAGAGCGCAUUGAGUGUAAAGACUAUCUUACCAUCCUGGAGACUCGCACUUGGAAUACAGUCAAGCAGCAGUUCCCAGUAAGCUGCUCAGACAUGGCGGGACUAGCAUGGGUGCUAACUACUGUGAAAGGAGCUGAGCCUUAUGGCCUCGGUGUGCGGGUGGUGUGCUGGACACCAUCUGGAUACCAUCUCAUCAUCGGUAGCCAGGAUACAAAAUUGCGCGUCAUGUGCCACAGAACUUGGGAAAUUUUGGACGAGCAGCUGCACUCGCCCAUGAUCGAAAAAAUCGACCAAGAGAAAACAGGAUCAUCGGCUCUGGAGCUUCGAACGCGAGUCUUCCGCGUGGUGGAAGAGGUUUCAGCCAGCGGAGUCUCGAAUAAAAUCUAUUCUGAGGUCGUCCAGCGCCCCGUUCAGCUGUACCCCCAGAGGAACGAGCCUCUCAAGGGCGCCUUCUCGUGUGUCAAGAACGUAAGCCCGGGAGGCCACCCAUGCCAUCGGUCAGACGGGCAAGGCUUCAUAAGCAACAUCGAGGCGGGCGGAUGCAGCGGUGGCGUGAGUGUCGUGCUGCUGAGCUGCGAUGGUCUGUACGCUGCGACGUGCGUACGCCAACUGCCCUGCGUCGUCUGGGUGUGGCGCCUGCCUCGUCUCGAGCUCAUAGCGCUGCUUGUGCACGAGAUGCACGUGCAGGAUGUUUCGUGGAGUCCGCGUCAGGCGCGGUUGGUCAUCACGACGGGAGAGGACGCAGUUUUCAUGUGGACGCCGUACGGCAGCCUGACCGUGCCGCUGCCGCAGCAGCUGCGCAUCCUGCCUACUGCUGUAAGAUGGCACCCCUCAGGCGAGCGGCUGGUGGUAGUGGGCAAAGGCGGUGGGCAGUUCUGUGUGCUGAGCUUACCACCCCUUGUCAGGAAGUGGGCCACCGAACAACCCGCGUCACCUCCUCAGUCCCUAGAACUCGCUCACCUCAUGGAUACUUCACUGCAAAUUUCAGAGUCUUGAAAAUCAUUUAAUGGAUACUUUUCAUUGUUUGGCCAAGCUUUGUUUCAAGGUUGGAGCAUUUGUGGGGAAUUUGUUGGGAGGUGGGAGGAAAGCGUUUAUAUUCUGAUGAGUUUGGCUGAGUUUAAUUUUUCGAAAGGGUAAUUAAGUUACAAUUUUAAUUUGAAAAAGUGUACUUUAGAAUAAAGUAAUACCUUUGCAAUCCAUAGCGCUUCAUUUAUUGUCGUUUCCGUUCAUCGCGUAUUGUUGGAAUACCCAUUAAAACGCGAAAUUUUAAGAAUUGUGGCGCGAAGAUUGUCCGCAUAUUAACAGAAGGCAAGGGAUCUUUUGCAAUAUUCAAAACGCGCGCUUCAUACCGGCUUGUUAGAAUGAAAUAUGACGACUUUAAAGUAGAAAGUUUAUUUUUAGGACAUGUUUAUAACUAGCUACAGCAACUUUAGUUAUAACCGCCUUCAUAGUCCGUUGUAUGCCAUUAAUAAUCGAUGAUUCGUAUCAGGAGGACGAAGGCUAUAUCCGUGGUACAAAUUUAUUAUCGUCCUUUAAGAGAACUCAGAGAGUUUGACUUUUCAAUGUACGCACAAGGUGCCAACCAAAAAUAUUUUGCCAAUGUGGGUAUGGCUGGUUUGUCACGAUCUCACUAGUCGAGAAAGUCAUGGCUAAUUUCUAUUACCAAUUUCUAGGUUUAUAUGAUCCAGGUUCAUGUCUACGUACACUUAUCUGUGCCUUAUAUACGCACAUAAUGUUCAAGUGUCAACACUGAAGGAAUGAAACGAUUUUUCAAUCGCCACUGGUCCUCAUUACGCACGAUGAACUAGUGAAGCGUGCAGUAUAAUCUUUGUUAACAUUAUAUUUAGCUAUUGUAUUUGUUCAAUAUCUCAUCAUAAAAGUAACGCUACAUGAUAUGAAAGGAAAUGUGGGCACGUGCUGCCUUUCGAGUCACUAAUCUAGUCAUAUGAGCGAUAGGAUUUAAAUGUCAAUUAACAUAGUUAUUUUUCUGUGAUAAUUAAGCCUUAUUAAUAAAUACACUUAAAUGAUAAGUAAUCACGUCUCUUCGUAAAAUUAUACCAUACAUGUGAACUUGUCUGUAAUUUGAACGUUCUUCUUUUGAACAAGUCCAGGCUAAUUUGUAGUACUUAGACAGCACAUUAGUACUCACUAAUCCCGCAAAAAUAUUUACUAACGCCGCAAAAAUAUUUCUUGCGCAACUUUUUGUCCUGACCAUGACCUGCGAUGUCGUUAAACCGUUCGGAAAGUUUAUACAUUCUAGCGUAAUUAGUCGAGAUCAAUUCAUCUUGUAGAAAAAAGCCAUUGCAUUGAAUAUCUGGUGACCACUUCAUGUAUUCCUUGCUUCCAUCCACUUGUUGACAAUAAAAAUUUAUUUUUAGUUCGUGAUAUUUUUCGAAAAUAAAACGUUCCUAAAAUUAUAGUAAAGCUAGAGUUCGUUAAUAUUGAAAGAUAAUUUUGGCUCGUGGAAGCAAAUGUUAAAAUAUGUAUGAUUUGUAUCCCAGGCUUAUUAUUAAAAAUAGAAGUUGCCAAGAUCAGACAUAGUAAUUCUCUAAACUAGCGAGAUUCUCACUGUGGACAGAGAUCUGAUUGAAAAAUUAUGUAUAUAUUAGAGUAUAAUUAUUCACGGCAGUCCAGCCUCUUGUUUCUUAGAGUCCGUCUUGAGUUCCACAACCUCCUUCUGCUUUUUUUCUGAAAAAUACAUUACAUUGUAACAAAUCAGGGUUUGAAAGAUUUUAGCCCUUUUUGUUCACCUAAAUACAGGAGAUGCUUUGAUGUUC